AUGUACUUUGGAAUAAGUUAUUAUUACGUUCCGUUAUACUAUAGCGCGAACAGGGCGCCCUCCACAGGAAGGCAAGACUACUCCGUAUCAUGCACGGAGCCAGAGUAUAGGUAUCAAACUGUCCUUUUGAUCCAAGGUAUUGAACUCAAACACUCUCCAAAGAAGAUUGAAGAGGAAGUCAAGGAAAUUCCCCGAGACCAACGGCAGGGCCGAUUUCAGACCGCUCAGCAGGGAUCUUAUGGAGUUGAACCAGUCCACCCUGCGUCGGCAUUUGAAUUGCAGUUGGAUGGUGAGGCGCUGGUUUACAUUGCCGCAACCCAGCAGAGUGUUGCUGACAACACUCAAUAUGGCCUGAGAUCGCAUGUUACGGACUUCUUCAACGGCCGCAUCGAUAGUUUAACGCUCAAGACUUGUGGCCAACAACCUUUGGCCUUCGCUAAAUAUGACUUCUCCUUGGAAAUGUCGAGUGACCGCAUCCUAGACAUCUCUGGACGCGGGCAACAUGGUGUCUUAAUUAAAGCGCCAACUCGUGCUGUCAAAGGUUAUGACUUGGACGGAUCUGAGUGUGACUAG